AUGCCCUUCUUACCCUUUUCUCAUAUUGUUGACUUAAGGAGAGAGUUGAACGGCACAGAUGCCGAUAUAUCAACAUGGGGAUGUGAUGAUUACGAUUCUCGUAUUAAGCAAUGGAAUGACUCGUCGGAUACAGAAGUUGGCGCGGUGGUCCGAAUCACUUCAGCUGAAGAAGCAGCCACUGUUGUGCGUUUUGCCACAUGCUAUGGGGUUCCGCUUGCUAUCAAGAGUGGUGGCUGCUCUACUAGUGGCGCCUCAACCACUCACGGUGGUAUCGUCUUGGACCUAAGUAAUCUUCGAAAGGUUCACGUUAACCCGGCACGCCGAGUAGUCGUUGCGCAAGGUGGAGCUUUGUGGGAGGAUAUCGAUGUGGCAUCAGCCCAGCACGGACUAGCAGUUGUUGGCAGCACCUUGAACCAAAUUGGAGCUGCAGGAGCGACAUUGGGAGGAGGGUAUGGAUGGUUGACUGGGCAACAUGGCCUAGCAAUUGAUAAUCUUCUCUGGGCGAGGAUGAUUUUAGCCGAUGGCAGUAUUGUCACUGCCUCGGAUGAACAACAUAAAGGACUAUUUUGGGCUAUUAGAGGCGCUGGUCAGAGUUUUGGUGUGGCUGUCGAGCUGGCUUUCCGGGCCCACAAACAAGACCACCCUGUGUUUGCCGGGACUCUUCUCUUUUCCCCUGAUGUGUUGCCUUCGAUCGUCCAAUUCACGAACCGAUUCGAGACACUCAACGAUGGUAAACAGGGCCUCUUAUUUGGGUUUAUCAUGCAACCUUCCAUGUCCCAGUGCUCCAUUUUAGUGGCUCUUUUUUAUAAUGGGGACAAGGCCGCUGGGGAGCGGUUUUUUUCACCGUUGCUAUCUUUAGGUCCCAUCUCGAACAAUCUACAAAUGAUUCCCUACGAUGGAGUAAACGGUCUCCUGAACCUUUAUCAUACACUUCCUCGUCAUGGGAAUUCGGGGAGUUUCGACAUCGCAUACCCUGUCGAUAACAGUACGGGUCCUCGCAAAAGCCUUAGUGGUUCAAAUGUUACACUCCCCUUGGAUAUUGCUCUUGUGCAAUCCAUAUACCACAUAUUCAACCAGAUGUUGAAGGAGUGUCCACAGGCCAGGGACAGCAAAUUGCUGUUUGAGAUUUUGCCAAAUAAGGAGAUAAUGAAGACUUCCAAUGAAAGCAUGGCCUUUGCCAGUCGCGGUCCAUACUUCAAUGUCAGCUCUUUGUUUAGAUGGUCCGAUGCACAUCUUGAUGUGGGUGUCCAUUCGUGUCAAAGAAACUUGAUGAAAUACAUUGGAGAACAAGCAGGUAUCUUUCGGAAAUCUCAAUAUUCGACCUCCGAACAUGGGGUUGGGCUGUAUGCGAAUUAUGCGGGUCACGACCUGCCCAUCGAGGCACUAUUUGGACCUAACCUUGUGCGUCUCCGAGAGCUGAAGAAGACAUAUGAUCCGCAAAAUACAUUUCGGCAUUGGCACAACCUCGAAGCACUGCCUGAACCUCCUGGAUAG